UAAUGGAGUGUAAUUCACUUCCCAGUGAAUGAGUAUACUCAUUCUAAUAUUCUAAUAAUGGCUAUUGGUGACCAUUGAAGAGUGUGUAUCUAUCAACUUCUUUCACCAAAGGCUUUCAGCAUCCAAAAUGUUUGCAAAAAUAGAAUCAGUUUUAGUCUGAUUGUAUACAGGAGGCCAACUCAACUUUCCCCUUCUAUGAUGAUCCUAGACUUUCUAUACUCUUCGCCAUAUCUAUUUCCACAUGUAGGUAGGUGCUUUAUGGUUUUUUGUUUUGGUUUGGGUUUGGUUUGGGUUUGUUUGGUUUUUUGUUUGUUGUUGUUGUUGUUGUUGUUGUUGUUGUUGUUGUUCUCCUUAUAUUUUAUUUGUUCAGGUUUGAGAUUGCAAUUCCUGCUUGUCCUUUCCUUAAGAUCUACAAAUUCUGCUCCCAUAUUAGUCCAGAACCUAUCAUCGUCUCCCACCAGGAAAGGGAACAUUCUUUUUCCAAAGGAGGGAGGGCAAGGCCAGGCAGUUCCCACAGAAAGCAAGAGUGGCUAACUCCCCACAAGGCAGAGGGCAUGAGGAUUAGCUUGAUGGUUAUACUUCAAGGAAAAUCCAGAAAAACAAUGGCAAAGGCAGAAUGCUAGGGUAUUCUCAAGUUGUGUCCACUUCCUGUUUAGCAUUCCAGGACUUGGAAACCUGCAGGAUAUACACAACCAGUACAGCACUGAACAGAAUCUGAUGGCAACAUGAAGAAGCCAAGAAAGACGCUGCAGGGCAGUCCUCAGUCUUCCUUGACUCCUGCACAAGUUCUAUGUCCAGGUGUGUCUCCAUGAUCACACAGGUUAUGCAGAAGGUUGCUGAGCAUCGAAAGGAGAGCCAGUCGAGUCACAGGACUGCAGAACAAGGUUCCCAAGAACAAUAUGACUAAAAUACAAGGCCCUGUAGUGUUCAGGUAGGCUCUAAGAGGUGGACCCCCAAGGUCUUGGACAUCAGUGCUAUCUUUGCCAUCACUGCCACUGUCACCACCAGCCAGGUUCUCCUGCUGACAGGCCUCUUCAGAACCAGGAUGUGUGCUACCCUGAUUCUCCUUGGAACCCAAAACCACAUAAUUGCUUUUCUUCAGCACUAGCUGACUUCUCAGUUCAUCUGCCAUCUGUGAGAGAUCUCGCUUCCUAGCAUAUGCAUCUUCGCCAUCUGCGUAGUACUUGGGCUCCACCUCACUAACCUGGAAGUUCAGGGUGUGGAAUAGAGGUGCAAAGCUGCUCGGUUGCUCUUCCUGGCAUGCAGGGAGACAUACUUAGCGCUGAAGUCCUCCAUCAUGGCCUGGGUGGUCUGGUCCAUUAGCUUCUUUGCCAGGCUAAAGCGCCGGUGGGAGCGCAUCAGAGCCAGUGAGGUGAUGUGUUCAUGAGGGACAUUAUCAGGAUCUUCUUCCAUUUUGGCCAGAACAUAACCCAUGAUCUUCCCAACCUCAUCCUCAGCAAUGUAGGAGAGCUGGGCCACGAGAGGCCAUGAUAGUAGUACUUCAUCUGGUAGUUCUCGGGCAGGCAGAGCAGGUUGCAGUGUUGUAUGUUCAUCAAGUCAUAUGGCCGAGUCCAACAGAUGUUCAUAUUGGCGGCAGAAAAGCCUACCAGACUCGGGAGAAUCAGAGAGGAUGCCACAGACCACAGGGACACCAGCACCAUUUGCUUUAAGACAGCUGGGUUAUCCAAACAGGACUCAUACAAGAUGAGGACAAUCUCUCACUAUCUUCCAUUUCGUUUCGGCGAUGAUGUACAGAACUUCGUCCAUCUUCAUGCAAGUGGGGCCCCAGUCGUGUCUGAAGUGAAUGACGACCACGCAGUCCUCCUCUGAAAGGAUGGCCUGGUCUACCUGCCAGCCAUUGUGUAGAUGCGGAAGGAUAUAGUACAUCUUGAAUGCGCUUGCGCAGCGAGAAGCCACGAGCUACCUCUAACCUCCUGUGAGCCCACAGGCCGGGACCAACGGGUCCUCCACCCAGCACCAGCGCCCUUUAUGUUUUGAUCUGCGAUGUAUAUCAAGACUCAACAAGAUUACUGGGGCACGACAGAGGCGCACUGUCUUCUAAGAAGAAUGUGGACAGGACAAGAUCUUAUUUAUCCUAGACAUUCUUCUCCCCAAAAUGAUUUGAUUUUAUCUGUGUUUUAUUUAUUUAGUUUUUUUUUUUCGGAGCUGGGGAUCGAACCCAGGGUCUUGGGCCUGCUAGUUCCAUGGAACAGACCACUUGGUGGUAUUUCUUUCUACAAAGAUCCGUUCGUGAAGCCAAGAAGCACAACAAAAUAGAAAUACCCUUGGAGAUAUUCACUGAGGAUAUUGCAUGCUGUGACACUCCUCUAUACGUAACAGCAACAAACUUCGAUACAGUGAAUGACAUAAUCAGCAAGUUACUACCAAUGAUAAAACAUGGCACUGAAGGUUACCAACUGUGGUUCUGUCCUGGCCCUCGGGAAGCUCCAAAAGCACUCCAAGGGCAUGAGUAUACACAUGAUAUUAUAAUGAUAAAUAUUCAAAAGAACUUCAGUUCACGGGACUUAAAAAAUUUUAAAGAUAUUUCUUAUCUUCCUGGGAUACUCAUGAAAUAUCUAAAUGCUGAUGUACAUUGGAAAUUCAUCUUAAAGCCCAGAAACUCAGCAAGAAGCCAGCAGCAAAAAAAUAUGAAGAAAAUAACUUUUAAGAAACAAAGAAGUUCUGUAACAUGGCAGUUGGAUGGGGCCUCUGUGCCCCACCAGGACAAAGUAUGCACCAUCCCACAAGUUAAAAAGGGAGGAAAACUGUUUGGAAGAGAACUCAGCUCCAUUUGUCAGGAUGGCGACCUGCCCUCAGCAAUCCUGGACAUGCUGUACGUACUAAAAAAGAAAGGUCCCACAACCAAGGGUGUCUUUAUAGAACCUCCAAGUACAACUUUGUUCCAAACAGUAAAGGACAAAUUGGAUUCGGGAGAAGAGGUGGAUAUCGAGAAGCAAUCAGUUCAUGUAGUGGCGUGGAUCUUUAAGGACUUCCUCCAAAACAUCGAGGGAAGUCUAAUGACUUCAAAACUAUAUGAUGAGUGGAUUGCUGUAACCGAAAACGUCAACGAUGAAGAGAAAUUAGCCGCAGUGCAGAGUCUUUUAGAUAAAAUGCCACCUGAAAAUGCGGCUCUUCUGAGGCAACUUUUUCGUAUAUUAUAUGAAAUUAAAAAUCACUCUUCCAUUAAUAAAAUGUCUUCUUACCACCUAUCUGUUGGGUUAGCCCCAUGUCUCUUAUUUGUGCCGAGCUUCUGCAAUAAUGGAGAGAUAAAUGAUAUUGCCAAAAAGAUUUCUCUACUGAAGUUUAUGAUCGAAAAUUCGCCACAGUUUUUUGGCGAGGACUUGGCUGCAGUGUGGCAGGGAACAUCACUAUAUCAUCGUCCCGGAGCAAAGUCCUCGUGUUCCCAGAGUACUCCAACAAAUAGUGGGAACGUGAAGGAAACCAAACAUGGACUCAGCAGCUCCCCCAGUGGCAGGACAUGCACUCCUGGCUAUAAUACACUGCGGAGAAAUUCAGCUGCUCUUCUUCCCUAUGAGGGCAUUAUAGAUUCACAAAAACACGAAGUCAAUAUAUAUACUAACCCAACAGUACCAUCUCUUAAUCCACCACAAGCAAAGAAGAAAUGUCUGUUUGGCAAAUCUCUUACAAGUCUUUUUAAAGACAAAAAGUUGCCUGCUCCAAUAGUUGAUAUGUUAUCCAUAAUUGCAGAGAAAGGUCCAGAAUCGGAUCACAUAUUCAAAAGUCUACCUAAAGAAUCACACUGGUCCCUGAGGUAUAGGCUUGACAAUGAACAACAAAUUGACUGGGACAAGGAAUGCGUUCUUGUAAUAGCAUCCGUUUUAAAGGAUUUUAUUGUUAACAUUGAUGGAAGCUUACUAACAUUGUCUUUAUAUGAAAAUUGGCUUUGCAUCACAGACGAAAGAACUAUGACUGGAAAAAUUAAUGCCAUUCAAAGCCUUUUGCAACAGAUUCCAGAACCAAACUUUAUACUAUUAAAACAUCUCAUAUGUGUAUUAGAAAUAAUAAAAGAUUCCUCCAUGAAUAAUUUAGACAGUUACAGGUUAUCUCAUCGCAUAGCCCCAAAUGUAUUAUUGGGUACUUCAAGAAUCUCAUUAUUUGGGAAUGACGUCUUAAGAAAGAUGUCCAUUAUACAGAUCAUGAUUGACAACUACCAAAAAAUAUUUGGAAAUAAUGAUAUGUUUAUUAAAUAUAUUGACAAUAAGUCUGAUGAUCUAAGGAUGCGUAAAGCGUCAAUAAAUUUUUCUGGCAAAUCACCUGUUAUGUCAAAAGUCAUGACAUGCUACAACUGGAAAACAUGUGGUAACAAUAAAAAAAAUAUUUUAUGUGCUGCUCUGCAGGAGGAACGUCCUACAGAGAAAUAUGAAGGCAAAGUAUAUACCAACCCACCAGUACGUUGUCUAUUUCCAUUACGACCUGCAAAGAAAUGUUUGUUUAAGCAACCUCUUAUGACUAUUUUUGAAGACAGAGAGCUACAUACUCCAAUAAUUGAUUUUAUUUUUAACAUUGAUGGAACCUCACUUACUCUGACUGUAUAUGAAAAUUGGCUUUGCAUACCAGAAGAAGGAACUCUGGCUGAAAAAAUCAAUGUCAUCCAAAGCCAUUUACAUCAGAUUCCAGAACCAAACUUUAUACUAUUAAAAUAUCUCAUCUGUUUAUUAGUAAUGGUAAAAGAUUCUUCCAUGAAUAAUUUGGACCGUUCCAGGUUAUCUGUGUGCAUAGCUCCAUGUGGAUCACGGGGCCUGACUUCGAGAAACUCAUUACUUGGAAAUGACAUCUUAAGGAAGUUGUCUGUUAUACAAAUCAUGAUUGACAACUACCAUAAAAUAUUUGGAAAUGAUGAUAUGUUUAAUAAACAUAUUGAGAAAAAGUCUGAUGAUUUAAGGAUGCUUAAAGAAUCAAAAAAUUCUUCUGUCAAAUCACCUGUUAUGACAAAAGUCAUAGCUUGCUACAACUGGAAAGCAUGUGGUAACAAUAAAAAAAAUAAUAUUUCAUGUGCUGCUCUGCAGGAGGAAAGUCCUACAGAGAAAUAUGAAGGCAAAGUAUAUACCAACCCACCAGUACGUUGUCUAUAUCCAUUACGACCUGCAAAGAAAUGUUUGUUUAACCAACCUCUUAUGACUAUUUUUGAAAACAAAGAGCUACAUACUCCAAUAAUUGAUUUUAUUAUUAACAUUGAUGGAACCUCACUUACUCUGACUGUAUAUGAAAAUUGGCUUUGCGUCCCAGAAGAAGGAACUCUGGCUGAAAAAAUUAAUGUCAUCCAAAGCCAUUUACAUCAGAUUCCAGAACCAAACUUUGUACUAUUAAAAUAUCUCAUCUGUUUAUUAGUAAUGGUAAAAGAUUCUUCCAUGAAUAAUUUGGACCGUUCCAGGUUAUCUGUGUGCAUAGCUCCAUGUGGAUCACGGGGCCUGACUUCGAGAGACUCAUUAUUUGGAAAUGACAUCUUAAGGAAGAAGUUGUCCGUUAUACAAAUCAUGAUUGACAACUACCAUAAAAUAUUUGGAAAUGAAGAUAUAUUUAAUAAACAUAUUGACAAAAAGUCUGAUGAUUUAAGGAUGCUUAAAGAAUCAAAAAAUUCUUCUGUCAUAUCACCUGUUAUGACCAAAGUCAUAGCUUGCUACAACUGGAAAGCAUGUGGUAACAAUAAAAAAAAUAAUAUUUCAUGUGCUGCUCUGCAGGAGGAAAGUCCUACAGAGAAAUAUGAAGGCAAAGUAUAUACCAACCCACCUGUAUGUUGUCUAUUUCCAUUACGACCUGCAACGACAUGUUUGUUUCCCCAACCUCUUACAAGUGUUUUUGAAGACAAAAAGGUACAUACUCCAAUAAUUGAUUAUAUUAUUAACAUGGAUUCAACCUCACUUACUUUGAUCCUGUAUGAAAAUUGGCUUUGCAUCCCAGAAAAAGGAACUCUGUCUGGAAAAUUUAAUGUCAUCCAAAGCCUGUUUCAACAGGUUCCAGAACCAAACUUUAUAUUAUUAAAACAUCUCUUGUGUGCAUUAACAAUGCUAAAAGAUUAUUCCAUGAAUAAUUUGGACCAUCACAGGUUAUCUGUGCGCAUAGCUCCACGUGGAUUAAGGGGUCAGACUUCGAGAGACUCAUUAUUUGGGACUGACAUCUUAAGAGAGGAUUUUAUUAUUAACAUUGAUUCAACCACACAUACCUUGAUCAUGUAUGAAAAUUGGCUUUGCAUCCCAGAAAAAGGAACUCUGUCUGGAGAAUUUAAUGCCAUCGAAAGCCUGUUCCAACAGGUUCCAGAAUCAAACUUUAUACUAUUAAAACAUCUCUUGUGUGCAUUAACAAUGCUAAAAGAUUCUUCCAUGAAUAAUUUGGAUCUUUCCAGAUCAUCUGUGCGCAUAGCUCCGCAUGGAUUAAGGGGUCAAACUUUGAGAGACUUAUUAUUUGGGACUGACAUCUUCAUAAAGGAUUUUAUUAUUAACAUUGAUUCAACCACACUUACCUUGAUCCAGUAUGAAAAUUGGCUUUGCAUCCCAGAAAAAGGAACUCUGUCUGGAGAAUUUAAUGCCAUCGAAAGCCUGUUCCAACAGGUUCCAGAAUCAAACUUUAUACUAUUAAAACAUCUCUUGUGUGCAUUAACAAUGCUAAAAGAUUCUUCCAUGAAUAAUUUGGAUCUUUCCAGAUCAUCUGUGCGCAUAGCUCCGCGUGGAUUAAGGGGUCAAACUUUGAGAGACUCAUUAUUUGGGACUGACAUCUUCAGAAAGGAUUUUAUUAUUAACAUUGAUUCAACCACACUUACCUUGAUCCAGUAUGAAAAUUGGCUUUGCAUCCCAGAAAAAGGAACUCUGUCUGGAGAAUUUAAUGCCAUCGAAAGCCUGUUCCAACAGGUUCCAGAAUCAAACUUUAUACUAUUAAAACAUCUCUUGUGUGCAUUAACAAUGCUAAAAGAUUCUUCCAUGAAUAAUUUGGAUCUUUCCAGAUCAUCUGUGCGCAUAGCUCCGCGUGGAUUAAGGGGUCAAACUUUGAGAGACUCAUUAUUUGGGACUGACAUCUUCAGAAAGGAUUUUAUUAUUAACAUUGAUUCAACCACACUUACCUUGAUCCAGUAUGAAAAUUGGCUUUGCAUCCCAGAAAAAGGAACUCUGUCUGGAGAAUUUAAUGCCAUCGAAAGCCUGUUCCAACAGGUUCCAGAAUCAAACUUUAUACUAUUAAAACAUCUCUUGUGUGCAUUAACAAUGCUAAAAGAUUCUUCCAUGAAUAAUUUGGAUCUUUCCAGAUCAUCUGUGCGCAUAGCUCCGCGUGGAUUAAGGGGUCAAACUUUGAGAGACUCAUUAUUUGGGACUGACAUCUUCAGAAAGGAUUUUAUUAUUAACAUUGAUUCAACCACACUUACCUUGAUCCAGUAUGAAAAUUGGCUUUGCAUCCCAGAAAAAGGAACUCUGUCUGGAGAAUUUAAUGCCAUCGAAAGCCUGUUCCAACAGGUUCCAGAAUCAAACUUUAUACUAUUAAAACAUCUCUUGUGUGCAUUAACAAUGCUAAAAGAUUCUUCCAUGAAUAAUUUGGAUAUUUCCAGAUCAUCUGUGCGCAUAGCUCCGCGUGGAUUAAGGGGUCAAACUUUGAGAGACUCAUUAUUUGGGACUGACAUCUUCAGAAAGGAUUUUAAUAUUAACAUUGAUUCAACCACUCUUACCUUGAUCCAGUAUGAAAAUUGGCUUUGCAUCCCAGAAAAAGGAACUCUGUCUGGAGAAUUUAAUGCCAUCGAAAGCCUGUUCCAACAGGUUCCAGAAUCAAACUUUAUACUAUUAAAACAUCUCUUGUUUGCAUUAACAAUGCUAAAAGAUUCUUCCAUGAAUAAUUUGGAUCUUUCCAGAUCAUCUGUGCGCAUAGCUCUGCAUGGAUUAAGGGGUCAAACUUUGAGAGACUCAUUAUUUGGGACUGACAUCUUCAGAAAGGAUUUUAUUAUUAACAUUGAUUCAACCACACAUACCUUGAUCAUGUAUGAAAAUUGGCUUUGCAUCCCAGAAAAAGGAACUCUGUCUGGAGAAUUUAAUGACAUCGAAAGCCUGUGCCAACAGGUUCCAGAAUCAAACUUUAUACUAUUAAAACAUCUCUUGUGUGCAUUAACAAUGCUAAAAGAUUCUUCCAUGAAUAAUUUGGAUCUUUCCAGAUUAUCUGUGUGCAUAGCUCCGCGUGGAUUAAGGGGUCAAACUUUGAGAGACUCAUUAUUUGGGACUGACAUCUUCAGAAAGGAUUUUAUUAUUAACAUUGAUUCAACCACACUUACCUUGAUCCUGUAUGAAAAUUGGCUUUGCAUCCCAGAAAAAGGAACUCUGUCUGGAAAAUGUAAUGCCAUCUCCAGUAGCAGAAUCUCGAGAGACUUAUUAUUUGGGACUGACAUCUUAAGAAAGGGUUUUAUUAUUAACAUUGAUUCAACCUCACUUACCUUGAUCCAGUAUGAAAAUUGGCUUUGCAUCCCAGAAAAAGGAACUCUGUCUGGAGAAUUUAAUGCCAUCGAAAGCCUUUUGCAACAGGUUGCAGAGCCAAACUUUAUACUAUUAAAACAUCUCUUGUGUGAAAUAAUAAUGCUAAAAGAUUCUUCCAUGUAUAAUUUGGACCAUUACAGGUUAUCUUUGCCCAUAGCUCCAGGUGGAUUAAGGGGUCAGACUUCGAGAGACUCAUUAUUUGGGACUGACAUCCUAAGAAAGAUAUCUCUUAUGCAAAUCAUGAUUCACCCGUGCCAUCAAAUAUUUGGAAAUGAUGAUAUAUUAUUUAAGCAUAUUGAAAAAAGUUCUGAAGAUUUAAAGAAAUAUAAAAAAUCACUAAAUUCUUCUGGUGAAUCACCUAAUAUGACAAAAACCAUAGCUGGCCAUAACUUGAAUCCCUGUGAUAAAUAUGAAAAAUUUAGUAUUUCACAUUCUUCACUGCAGGAGGAAAGUCCUACUGAGAAACAGAAAGGCAAUAUAUAUACCAAGCCACCAGUAUAUUCUAAUCCAACACCAUCAAGAAAGAAAUGCUUAUUUGGCAAAAAUCUUACAAGCAUUUUUGUCGACAGUAAGCUGCCUGCUCCAAUACUUGAUAUAUUAUCCGUAAUUGCAGAGAAAGGACAAGAAUCAGAUCAGAUAUUCGAAAUUCUACCUGAAAAUUCACACUGGAGCCUCAGAGAGAGGAUUGAUGGUGAAGAACUCAUAGACUGGAAUGAAGAAAGUGUUCUAGUUACAGCAUCCGUGCUGAUGGACUUCAUUACAAACAUUGAAGGAAGUUUACUUACUUCUGACUUAUAUGAAAAUUGGCUUAGCGUCUCAGAUGAAGGAUCGCUGGUUGGAAAAAUUAAUAUCAUCCAAAGGCUUUUACUGAAGAUUCCUCAGGCAAACUUUAUCCUUCUGAAAUAUUUCAUUCGCGUAUUGGUAAUAAUACGAGAGUCAUCCAUGAAUAAUUUAGACAGUAACAGUUUAUCUAACCGCAUAGCUCCUUAUGUUUUGUGGAAUCAGACUACAAAAAACACAUUGUUUGGCAGUGAUGUAUCAAGAAAGAUGUCUGUUAUACAAAUCAUGAUAGACAACUAUCAUGAAAUAUUUGGAAAUGACAAUAUAUUUUGUAAAGGUAUUGACAAAAGAUCUGGGGAUUUAAAGAUGUGUACAUAUUCAAUAAAUUCAUCUGGAAAAUCACCUAUUACGAAAGAAUUCCUAGGUGGCUGCAAUAGGAAAACAUGUGAUAACAGAGAAAAUUUUAAAAUUUCAUCCAUUGCUCUGCGGGAGGAAGGUCCUAUAGGACAAAACAGAACUACCACCACAUAUAAAUGGUGGGGGAUGACUGAAGGGAUUAUAAGGUCAUUCAAUUUUAAUCAUCCCUUCUACCUUCCACUUAAUUAUAAGAGAAGAGAUUAUUACAACAUCUUGCUCCCACAUUUUUUCUGUAUGUUAUACAUUGUCUUCUAUCCUAAUAAAUGAUAUAACAAAUAAAACUAUUGCGUACACUCCAA